AAGACCUGUGUUACCGGUUUGAUGUCUGCCGUUCAACCAUUUCCAGAAUACUGUCACGUUGGCUGACAAUCUUAGAUGCUGAGUUACAGCCACUAAUUUUGUGGCCUGAUAGAGACAUUCUGAGAAAGACUAUGCCGGAAUGUUUCCUGUCCUCAUUUGGAGAAAAAGUGGCAAUUAUUAUCGACUGUUUUGAAAUUUUUGUUGAAAGGCCUACAAAUCUUUUAGCUCGAGCAUGUACUUGGUCCCAAUACAAACACCACAACACGGUAAAAUUCUUGAUAGGCAUAGCACCGCAAGGCAUCAUCUCAUUCAUUUCAGAUGCAUGGGGAGGCAGAGUCAGUGAUAAAUUUUUAACUGAGCACUCUGGAAUUCUCAACAAGUUAUUGCCUGGAGAUGUGGUGCUAGCUGAUAGGGGAUUUGACAUUUCAGACUCAGUUGGAAUGCAGCAAGCUAAGUUGUACAUUCCUGCCUUUACAAAAGGAAAGGAUCAACUAGCUGCAAUUGAAGUGGAAGAAACCAGAUUAAUAGCAAAUGUCCGCAUUCAUGUAGAGAGAGUCAUCGGCUGUGUACAGCAAAAGUUUACCAUACUGAAGGGUACGCUACCAAAGGAUUACAUCACAAGGCAUGCAGCUGAAGACUGUCCCCUCAUCGAUCGAAUAACUAGAGUUUGCUGUGCCCUAUGUAAUGUUUGUGACUCAGUUGUGCCAUUUGACUAGCUUAC